UCUUCGCUGGCGAGCGGCGGAGCUUCGAGCUUGCUUUCUGACCUCCCAUCUCGAGGCCUCUUCUCCUCCACUGUCCUCUCUUCCAGUUUGGGUGGCAUGAGGGUUUAUGUUUGUGAUCAUGAUACCUCACCUCCAGAGGAGCAAGUAAUUAAGACGAACACGACAAACAUAUUGAUUAGAGCCCUUCAGAUUAACAAACAAAAGACUGACUUGAAGGAAGCUACUAAGCCAAACAAAGGCAAAAGAUCUGCUGGAAGAGCAUUGGAAGAAAGGACACCAGCUAAAAAAGCAAACACUGCCAGUUCUUCUAGCGGUGCUCGACAUGAAGGAUCCUCAGCGACUGAAUUCACUGAGAAGAAACUUCAGUCUAUGACUGUCGAGCGAUUGCGGUUACAAUUAAGGGAGAGAGGCCUUUCACCAAAAGGAAAGAAGGAUGAACUAAUUUCGCGUUUGAGAGAUGCAUCGUAGUCGGAUAUAAUCAGCCAUCAAGCUUAUGUUUGAGGACGUCGGAGCUCUCUUUCAAAAACAGAAUACAAAGUUGGGGGGGCUCCAACUGUAACUUAAAUGUAAGAGACCGAAAACAGAGAAGUUACUUUUGUUACCAAGCUCAAGCUCCAUGGGCUGCAAGAUACUUGUGAUGUUUUUAGGUGUAUGUUAUCGGUUGUUAUCAUGUGUAACUUAAGUUUGUGUCAAACUCCUGUCACCUUAGAAUCAAACCUUUUUGCAGACAUUGAUCUUUUUGAUCGCUGAAAACAAAGAAGUUCCUUUGUCACCAAAUUUAAGCUCUGGGGACGCUA